UGCGGAUUGGCGGCAGAGUUUGAAAACGAAUGAUUUCCGGUUAUAAUUUUGUGAAAAAAAUUGCGUUCUCUUGACGAUUCUUAAAUUUACAGACGAUUCUAGGAAAGUAAGAUGGCCUCGAAGCCGCACUGGUUCAUGCAAGAGGUGUUCCUGUUUCGCACUAUUGCCAGCCAGCUGUGGGCCGUACUACUGGUGCCGGUGGGGGUGUACAGCCUCCUCCUCACAACAAAAGUGGACCUGCUCCACCCAUGGAGAUGGAUUAUAGGUUGUUUGUUUGAAGCUGUGUCUCCGUACAACUGGGGUUACCUGCUGCUGCUGUGGGGAGUAGUGGUGGUGGGGGGCACCAGUCAUGCCAGGCACCUCACAGUGUCCCCCACCAUCCCCCAGACAAGACUAGCCAGGCUGGUCCAGCUCCUCAGCCCCUCCAGCCUGGUGCAUGCGGGGACACACGUCGUCAUGGCGAUGGUGAUGUCAUACUGUGCGGCGGCCCUGAUUGGUCCACAGUUCUCCUCCCUGUCACUGCCGUGUCAAGGGUCAGAAGAGAACGAUAGGGAGACUGUUGGACCCCUCCACUGCCUGAAUGAGAAGAGUGUUUUUGUGGUGUUUUCUGGAGCCUUUCUGGGCCUAUGUUACAGUCUACAGUACUUCCUACAUACCAGACACCGGCUGCAGUUCCCUGUCAUUCAGCAAGCCAAGUUUUUCCGUGUGCGGACCCUGCUCCCCCAGCUGGUGGUGGACUCUGCGUACCGCGUCCUGCGACUGUUGCCUGGAUACUACCUCGGGUACUACCUACUGGGUCAUGGUGUGAAGACUUGGAUGUGUGCACUGCUACAGCUGAACCCCAGUCCAGUUGCUCUCAGCAGCCUGCCUGGCCUGUUAGAUGUAGGUCUCCUGUGGCAGGCGGCUGUCGGCGGGACCUUCCUGUUCUGUCUACUGGACACAUCAUGGCUGCUGCUGCACAUCUUCCACGCUCAGGUGUUUAAGUUUGAGGUGACGUCCAGCCUGGCAGACCAGACUGACCGAUGCUUGUCAGACGCAGUCCAGUGUCAGGACGUGCCUCUGGUCCAGCACCUAGGUUUCCUGGACCUGUCCCUGCUGGCCCAGUACUCCCCUCAGCGCAGGAAACACAUCUUCAGCCUCAGUCAGCCAGGAGGCCACCCGUACAUAUGGAAGACCGUCAGUACCUCUAGCCUUGCCGUGCUGGACUCUCUCACCAACCGACUAGCAGCCUGCAGGCACAACAUCGGGGUCACAGGGCAGAGGUUAAGCCCUGACCCCUCCAGGGUUCAGGGGUCACAGAAAGGUCAGGCCACAGGGAAGAUGGACAGGGUUGCCCAGGGGUUGAGAAGGACCCCUGUCCUGGCGUAUUUCUUACAACAGCUCCCAGAGGCAGCCAGUGCUGAGCUCUUCAAGGAUGCCCAACUCGUGGUCUGGGUCCUGGAAGGUCUGUCCCACCUUGUGGCUGCCUCCUACACCGAGGACACGUACGGAGUUGUGCAGAAAUCUCUGCCUGAUGUUCUCACUGCACUUUUGGGACUACACGAGGCACUGGACCGACAUUUCAAGAUGCCCUUGGCGGGAACACGUCCCUCCCAGCAUGCUCGGUUGCCAUGCCAACGGGACGUUUCAGGCCAAAACAUGCGAUUUUCCCUGCUGCCAGCUGUCACCACCGCUCUGUACCACAUCGUCAACGUGUUCGGGAAACAUGCGGAGUCCAUCCCUUUGUCACCAGAACACAAACAGAAGCUGAGGCUUUUCCUGCCUCAAACUGACGCACCAGGGAUCCCCAGGAGCUAGGCUUGGCAUGGAUUAGUUCAUUCCUCAGUCACGGAUGAAACAUACAGGAAGUUACAUCGGAAAUAUCAGACACUGUCAGAGAAUUUAUCUUGUUGCUUAUUUUGUAUCUGUAUCUGUAUAGCCGGCAUAACCGCCUUUCGGCGUAACACACCAGCUUCUGUAUCUGUAUAGCCGGUAUAACCGCCCUUCGGCGUAACACAUCAGCUUGUAUUACGUAAUGUUCCACUUGGAAGUCUAACUUUCAUUGAUGUAACAAUGCUGUUAAUCUUUAAAUGCUUGUGCACAGUGGUUUAAGUUUUCUGGUGCUCAAGAUGCAAUGUUUAUUAUGUGGCAUAAUCUAGUUAAUAUUUACACUGUGGCUAGUGGCUACGAUCAUGUUUAUUAUUAAUAAUCUUAUUUGCUUCAAUGGUUGACGUUAAGUAUAGCUAGGGCAAUGCAGACUUGUCAACAAAACACAU